GGACUCUCUGCUUAUAAGUAGGCCUUGAACAUACUAGGCCCCUCACCUCUCACUUUAAAGAGUCAUUUGUUACAAAGUGUGAUUGGUUGCGACAGCUUUGGGCUCUAUGAAGAUGAAUCUUCACUUCCUUGGAACAGUUGUGGCUUUAGCUUUGCUUUCCUCAACUGCAUCUGCCUCAGACCCAGCGCCCCUGCAGGACUUCUGUGUUGCUUUUAAUGACACCAAUGAUGCAGUUUUUGUGAAUGGGAAGUUCUGCAAGAACCCAAAGUUUUCUGUGGCCAAUGAUUUUUCCUUCUCCGGGCUCCAAGUCCCCAGAAACACAUCAAAUGCAGUUGGGUCUACUGUCAGUAUGGUAAAUGCCGAUAACCUACCGGGACUUAACACUCUUGGUGUUUCCAUAGCUCGCAUUGACUUUGCUCCCAAUGGUGGCGUGAAUCCACCCCACUUUCACCCUCGUGCCACCGAGCUCCUCCUGGUCCUAGAGGGAACCCUCCUUGUUGGAUUUGUCACCUCCAACCCCGACAACUGCCUCUUCUCCAAGGUCCUACAUGCGGGCGAUGGUUUUGUGUUCCCAAUGGGCACCAUUCACUUCCAGCUCAAUUUAGCAAGGACCAGCGCUGUUGCCUUGGCUAAUUUUGGCAGCCAGAAUGCGGGGCUCGUCACCAUAGCAAAUGCAGUUUUUGGUUCAAACCCGCCCAUUGAUACUUUUGUCCUCUCAAAGGCCUUCCAACUGGAAAAGAAGGUGGUUGAGUAUCUUCAAGCACAAUUCUAAUAUAAAAAGAGCAUGAGAACUUAAGGAUACCAUUCAUGAGAAAUCUGAAAUAAUGUUACUAAGCCUAGAUUUGGCAUAUCAUACGAUGCUAAUGGCUGUCAUAGGAGGGCACAAAUAAAUUUGAUAUGUUGCAUAUGGCAUUUUUAAAAAAGUUUGCUAAUGGCAUAUCAUUAUGUAUGUUUUUUGCUUGUUUGUCAUUUCGCAGAACUAUAAAAUAAUGAAGUUUGUUACCA